AUGGCAAUCGUGCCUGGUGGGAGUACAUGGGUGGCUAGGUGGGGAGUUCAACCUCAAUUAAUGUCCAGAGCCUCUUCAACAAGCAAGUCUUUUUUGCAUUUGCCUCAUUUCUCAAUUAAUACAAGAGAGUUGGCAUCACCAUGUUCUGCCUUCUGUUCACAAGGUUCUUUGCAUGCACUAUACAAUAUGCAGUCAUUUGGUAAAUCUCACCACAGAAGAGGUGGUCGCUUCAUUGUUAGAGCUGAAAGUGAUUUUUAUUCAGUGCUUGGCGUGUCAAAGAAUGCUAGCAAAGCAGAAAUAAAAAGCGCAUAUCGGAAGCUUGCAAGGAGUUAUCAUCCUGAUGUAAACAAAGAACCAGGAGCCGAACAAAAAUUCAAGGACAUUAGCAAUGCUUAUGAAGUUUUAUCAGACGAUGAAAAACGUUCCAUAUAUGAUAGAUAUGGGGAAGCCGGGCUUAAAGGCGCUGGUGUUGGCACCGGGGUGAGUUUCUUCUACCUAAAAAAAUAUUUUAUCCACAAGUCCCCUUUCGUUACACAGAACAAAGCACGUUGUACUGUGUUUGACAUACAUCAGUACUGUCCUGUGUCAUGUACUCACGACAAUACAAUAUACCUAAAAAUUACCGUCUGUCCUUUCUUGUAUUGUCCUGUGGCCUCUAGUCAGGACAUACAACAUACCUAA